AUACAAGUUACAACUGUAUUUCUUUAUAGCCUUCUUACAAAUUAUUCAUGUCUGUAGCAGUACCAUCCCCUCCUCGCUGAGUAAUAAUAUAAUCCCCUAUGAGCCUGGUGAGUCUGACGAGGCCGUCCCAUCCUAUCUCGCAGGCCAGCUAACAUCCAUCUGUGGACCACCAAGUGGCGCCCGCGUCAGUGUUUCCCGUUACAAGUUGAUUAGCCAGAAAUAACGCGCACCGCUGAAAUACCACCGUGGCCUCCCGGGUAUUACUUUAGUGGCUUAAUUGUCGCCGAGUCUCAGAGCCCUGCACGCCUCAUUGGAGAUUGUGUACAAACGAUAUUCAGCAAUGUUCAGCGAUGUUCAGCGUACAGAGGCAUUAUCGAGGCACAACAGUAUUAUACUAUAUAGAGAGAUAUCAAUGGAAUUUCUUCAUGGAUGGGGGCUGGAAGAGGGGUCCAUGAGAGACGGUUACUCAGUACAGUCGUCUGUUCUGUUUGUACGUACGGUAUACAGUACGAGUAUACUCGCUCUCUUUAUUCUCAUAACCCUACAUAUAACACUCACACCGCAUGAAUAAUAAUCGUGGCCUUAUUCACCGUAUUAAUCGAAUUGAUUCAAUUUCAAUAGCCCUGCAAAACUGGAGAAACUCCCCAAUCCGUCCCCUUGUUCUGCAGAUCCAGAAUUAAGAUUGCCAAGAUCGCGAGGCCUCCAUCAAUCCGCUCCUGUACCAGACCACAGCUCCAAAUAUUUCGGCGACCAUAAUAGAUACAAAAAGGCAAACCGAGCCACAGCACAGGGCAAACGGCGGCAAAUCGGGCCACAUUAUAUAAAAAAAUAUCGGCUCUGAGGGGGGAACCAGGAAUCAGAAAACCCACUCGAGAUCGACACUGGGAAACAGCGACCCAGGCACCCAGAAGCCGCCGUUUCUCCGUCUCCCUACAUACGCACCUCCAACCUUACCUGAUAAUCUGCAGCCAGCAACCGACAGAAGACGUCAGAGAGGGGCAUUCUGCAGUUCACCAUUGAUGGCCUCGAAUAGCACCUGAACUCUCCAGGAUAACGACAAGGUCGGGCCAGAAGCACAGAAACAAGCCAUAUACCACCCGACAUCUACAAUGUCACCACCAAAAGGAGACGGCGAUACUCGCCCUGAGCUGGUGGUCAAGGAUACACAGCCUGAAUCUGACGACUCGGGCCACGAAACUGACACUUUCGAGGACGCCGACACCACACCCAUUGGCCACAACCAGGCUGUGUCUCCCACAGCUUCAACACGAUCUUUAACGAAUUCCCACGCGGCUCAUCACAAUGGAGACUCCGAGGCCCCAGUGGUACCUCUAGAAGCGCAUCCAGAAGACGACGUAUCACCUACAAGCAGCCAACCAAGAUCUCCCCCAGCCGUCACGGAACGCCUCUCAACCUUAAGCCUAGACAACGUGAGCUUAAACGGAGAAGGGAUCCCUGCAGCGGCGGCAACGACCGUCAAAGCAGAUACCACAAAGCCCGAAUUACCCCCACGAUCUUCCGCCAAGGCUGUCCUCGAGGGCUUCCAAGGGUCGUUGCCAUCAGUGCCGUGGGGACCACCUCCCCCGCCACCUCCAGCAAAGGACAAGGCACAAACUGUUGUUCUCCCGCCACGAAAGCUCACAGGACCAUUUUCAUGGUUGUCGAGGGGUUCCGCACCUCCACCACCAACUGUACCACGAGUACCAUCACCUGGGAACGGCUCUGGAGGCCGCCGAAACACGACAUCUUCGAUAGCUACGAAUAAUAGCAACCCAGACCUCAUGCUCAAUAAACUCGACGAGGGGAACGAGUCGCCAAAUGACAUCAGGAAUUCAUCGAGGAACAGCCUACGGGAUAGAUUCAAGCUCCUGCGGAUGAGAGAAGAGGCAGGCAUUACUUCGUUGGGCGAGGAAGGCGAGGAAGGGACACCGAUUGAUACUAUGACUGGGCGUGCAAGUCUCGGCCAAGGAAUUACUAGCCCAACGGGCUCAGAAGACAAAGCUCUCCCAGCAACACCGAAUGCGGCGGCUUUCAAUCCCUCAUUAGCACCAGGAACUGCGGCGGGCGUUACAUCUGGACCACCUGCCACCGAAGAAGUUGACUGGGAUUUGUGGCAGUCAGUGGUCUACGAGGGCCCAGCGGCAGUAGCGAGGACAAGCCCCGAAGAGCUGAAUCAAGCGAUUGCUCUCGGUAUUCCUUCUGCGAUCCGUGGAGUUGUCUGGCAAGUCUUGGCCCAGAGCAAGAAUGAGGAACUGGAGUCGGUGUAUAGAGACCUGCUCUCGCGUGGAACGGACCAGGAUAAGGACAGGGCGAGCAUUUCCAGUGCGGGAGCCAGCAAUACCUUCUCGAACGGUGGAAAAGACAAAGAUACCGCGUCAUCGGCGUCUUCAGUGCAUUCUGAUCUGUCGGGAAGCGGCUUGAAGUCACCAUCGCCAACCGAGAGGAACCCGGAGAAUAUUGCAAAGGCACAAGCUGCUGCUUUGGCGGAGAGGAAAAAGAAAGCAAAGGACGAUGCGGCGUCAUUGCUGAAGCUGGAGAAGGCUAUCAAGCGCGACCUAGGCGCCAGGACGAGCUUCUCAAAGUUUGCAGUCAGCGCGGGCCUCCAGGACGGACUAUUCGGCGUGUGCAAGGCAUAUGCCCUCUUCGACGAAGGCGUUGGGUACGCCCAAGGCAUGAAUUUCCUCGCCAUGCCUCUCCUCUUCAACCUCCCCGAAGGAGAAGCCUUCUGCCUCCUCGUGCGCUUAAUGAACCAAUACCGUCUCCGCGACCUCUUCAUCCAAGACAUGCCCGGCCUGCACAUGCACCUCUACCAAUUCGAGCGCCUCCUCGAAGACCUCGAACCUGCGCUCUACUGCCACCUCCACCGCAAAGGCGUCACCCCGCACCUCUACGCCACGCAAUGGUUCCUCACCCUCUUCGCGUACCGCUUCCCCCUCCAGCUCGUCCUGCGCAUCUACGACCUCAUUCUUAGCGAGGGGCUCGCUGCGAUCCUUAAGUUUGGGAUUGUACUCAUGCAGAAGAACGCUGCUACUCUUUUGGGGAUGAAUGACAUGGUGGCCCUUACUAAUUUCCUGAAAGAUCGCCUCUUCGACGUCUACAUCGACGCCUCACCAUCCCCCGGCUCGAUCCUCGAAUCGGGCUUCUUCGGCAGCUCAGGCGCCAGCAUCGACAAAGAAGUCUACCACGCCGAUACCCUCGUCCUCGACGCGUGCGCCAUCAAGAUCACCCCCGAGAUGCUGAAAACCUACACCAGCGAAUGGGAAGAGAAAACCCGCACCGAAAAAGAGCGCGAAGCAGACCUCGAACUCCUCCGCUCCACCAACGCCUCCCUCUCCCUCUCCGUCCGCCGCCUUGAAGAACGAGUCCAGAACCACGACCAAGAGCACGCGGCCCUCGCUACGGACCUCGUCCGCACGAAGGUCGAGAAUGAAGAGUUGCUGGACCAGAAUGAGAGCCUGAAGGGACAGGUGGAGGAGCUGAGGGGGGUGGUGGAGAGGCAGCCGGCGGAGGUGGAGGAGAGGCUUAAGACGGAGAUGGAGAGGUUGAUGAAGAGGAACUUGGAGGUGCAUGAGGAGAAUACGAGGUUGGAGGAGGAGAUGGGGGGGAUGGAGGGGACGUUGGUGGAGACGAAGAUGGCGUUUGCUGAGCUUAACGCACAACACGAAACCCUGCAGCGGCGCUGGACCGAUCUGAGGAAGGCGCUGGACUAGAAAAUCCCUUGUGUUUCCGGGUCAUGGUUCGCGGACUACUUGAUGUGCUUGUGAAAAAUUUAUCACGCUGCGUUGCGUUGUGCUGCGCUGCAUUCAGAUGGGGGGGGUUUUUCCUUUUCCUCAUGUACGAAGUUUGUGUGUGGGAUGGGUUGUGUGACUGUACAUCGAUAAGAUUUAUGGCAGAGCGGUUUAAGAAGAGACUGCUAUGAGCUCGUGAAGGGGGUGGCUGGGACUGAACAGAACGGCACGGCAUAUGGAUGGAUGGAUGAACUGGGAGAAGAUGGAUGGGAGGGGGAAAGUAGCUGACUAUACUAUAUAGAUGUAGCUCCAAUGCUUGGGCUGAGCUUUGGGUUUUUGAUAGGUUUGGUGGGGGUGCGGAUGUGGAGGUGGG